CUUUCGGUUGCACCCGUCGUCCGUCCCGGUUGAUGCAGUGAAUAUACACGACAUACAGCAUUUUGACACAUGACAUUUAAACCCCGGCGCUAAAACCAAAACGGCUGGAUGAGUGGGCCAACCUUCACCUCCCCCUCUGCAGAGGUGGCUGAGAUGAACCGCAUCCAUUAUGAGUUGGAGUACACAGAAGGCAUCAGCCAGCGCAUGCGAAUCCCGGAGACCCUCAAGGUGGCUUCAGGGAACCAAACUGGAUCUCUGACACUUCAGGAACCCCUGCCUAUUCACGCAACCCUGAUGCAGGUGCCAGAGAGGAUCAUCGUAGCAGGUGAUGAUGGGGAUGCUCAGUUUUCUCGUCCCCGAGACUUGGACCUGAUUCAGUCCGUUCCUCCUGUGGACCUUCUGAACAUGAAGGCCCCACCGCGUGUCCUCACCCUCACAGAACAGCCACUGGAUUCCCUGGAAACUGAACAAACUUCACAGAGCAAUCCCAGCCAGGCGGCCCACUACCAUGGUCGGUCUCGAAGGGAACGCAGUGCGAGUGAGAACAUACGCCACAGCAGUCAGCUUUCCAGAGUUGAUAUUAGUGUAACCCCUUCCCCUUGUGCCCCCCCAGUCCGGUUGUGUCCCCCCCUCUGUUCUCCUGAGGAUGCAAACAUCAACCUGUUCACAGCUGCGGGGUUCCUGUCUUACAUCCAGUCAACAACACGCCGGGCAUACCAGCAGGUCCUUGAAGUGCUGGACGAAAGCCACCGCAGGACACACUUGGACUUGGCCCUGGAUAUAAACCCUGAUGAGUCUGGCUUGGUGGACGCCUCGUCACUACGACGACAGAUUGUGAAGUUGAACCGGCGUCUGCAGCUCCUGGAGGAAGAAAACAAAGAACGGUCCAAGCGAGAGGUGAUCCUGUAUUCUGCCACAGUGGCAUUCUGGCUUAUCAACACCUGGAUCUGGUUCCGUCGCUAAGAUUGGACAGGAGUCUCCCAAAACACCGGAAGCCAAAGCAAGUCCAUGUUAAAGGUGCAACUAUUAAAAUACAAUAAGAGCCUUUACUUCGCCUAAAAGCAACCACAGGAAACGACAUUGGCAAAUGUCCUCCAUCACAAUCCUGUGAAUCUACAGCAAACUUUAUGUCAAGAUUUCACUUACAAAUUUCAAGAUAAGACUUGGGGCAUAAUCAAAGUUUACAAAACUAAUGUUUGUUACAUCCACCCAAUGUUGCCAAAAUUUACAUGGGCUGUUAUUCAGACAUUCACAUCUGACUGUUUCUGGGGGGUUCAACACCACUAGAACCAGAGGUAAAGCUAAAGUCAGAAUAUUUUACACUCAGAUUCAUCUGUAUGUUUCUCUCCAGUGUAAACUGGCAAACAACUAGCAAGACAAAGCACAGUGACAAUGUUUGCAAAAUGUUAGCGACUGCUUUGAAGUGGUGAGCCGAGGUUUGCUAUUUUGCAGUAACAACAAACGGUACUUACCUCAUUUGGUUAAAACGAGCUACAACCUUGGCUGCUGUGCAACAAACAUAAUGUCAACUCUGAAUAGAGUGCUGCAGAAAUAACAUUUUGUUUGUAGGCCGACCCAGAAGUUAGUGUCCCUAUGUUUCCAUCAACGUAAAGCCUAUGGGAUUUUUCACUGGAUUUUGGAUCAUCGCAGAAAAUAAGAUUUGUGGCAAACAAAGUUUCUGUUCCGAUACUUCUGAUACUCACCUCUUCCCGACGCAAUGUGAUAGAGCGAACAUCAGAUUGUUUCAGAUAAAAGUGCUCCGUGCACCGGUGAACUGGCUAAACGACGAGUCGCUUACUUGAAAAAAAAUGUCAUCCUGGCUAAAGUUUUGCAAAGCUACACACACCCUCAACCUACUUUCAGAGCAACAGCAGGCUGUUUCUUCAGCUCCAUCGGGUCUCAAUAUGCUCUCUAAAUGUUAUUGUCGCUUAUAGUAUAUUUGGACAACUUUUUGGGCUGCAUCUGGCAGAGUGUGCUUGCUUGCUCGUAUGUUGGGAAGAAGUUUUAGGCUUUCUCCACCUCUCAAAUACUGCACUGAUGCACAGUUAUGUUUAGAAGAAACUGAACACGAUACAAAUAAAAUGGAAUAUAUAAACCAGCAUCAAUCAGCAAAAAUUGCCAACCUUUUCUGAUAUAUUACUUUGGAAAAUAUUUCUGAUUGCACCUUUAAGGCUUGAUAGAUCCUUUGCACCCAAACAACAGAUUUUACACUAAUGCUUAACAUUAUUCAUCCCUGUGAGAGUAAAAAAAGAAUAACUAUUGUGACUUUUUAGCAUUAGAGGGUGAAUGAUUUGAGAGGAAACAAGGAUUUACUUAAUUAAUAUGCGAUACAUGUUUUGGGAACAAAGCCCAGAGCUGGAGAUUCAGUUACAGGACCAAGCCUCAGAACUGAUGUGUCUGUUUGACAGUGAGGUUCAUCAGUUUUGUCAAAAACUACCAUUCUUAAAGUGUCAAUGUGAGAUUACUAAAUCUAGAGAUGCCAUAACAUUUACCCUGAAUGCCCUUUGUUUCUGUUUGAGCAUUACCCAAAACAUUUGUAUACACUGCUUGAAUAGAAUAUUGUUGUAAAUGUUGUAGUUUGUACUUAAAGUUGUUUUUUUUUUUUAUCUUUGGCAGACAAAUGCCAAUAGAUUAUGUUAUGAGCUGGAUGAAGUGUCAACAAUAACAAGGGUAGGGUACCAAGGGUAUUAUCUGUGCAGUGAUAAUGUUCUCCCAUGCUGUUUCUACAGUUGAAGCUUGUUUUUCCAGAGAAUUUGACCUCUCAUGUUUUUCCACACAAGACUAAAAGCAUGGACUACGUGGUUUUAUUCUUCAUGCUGUGUGAUAAAAAACUUAGAGCUACUGUCUGUAUGGUCAUGUGUAAUAGAUGGCUAUGUAUAUAAAAUAUUGAUGUCAUUAUUUUUAAAGAAUGAAAUGUAUCUCAUGGAGGUGUAUUUAUUACAUAUAAUACAAAGUAUCAACAAACGUUGCAGUAACAUUUUUUUUUCUGUUAAGCACUGAACUUAUUACUUAAAG